AGGACCCCUCUUCCUUACAGAUCUGCUGCUCACGCACCCAGACAUUCCAAGUAACCUGGGAAGAGACUGGGAAGAGCUAUUUGGAAGUUUGGAUAGCAUGGGGAGAAAAGUGAUGGGGUGGGUUGGCUCUGAACACACCCUUUUGCCUUCCCUCCCAGCUUCCUACCACCCCUCCCCCAAGUGAAAUGUGGGGCUGGCCCUUCUCUGUCUGUGUCCCCAUUGGCUGGCAAAGCAGCAAGGGGGGAUUUAAAAAAGGAGAAAGUGCUGGGAGAGGGACUGGAGCCCGGGAGUGCUGAAAGGUUUGGUUGCCCCCACCCUAGCUGGCACCAUGAAGUUCCCACUGGUCCUUUGCCUGCUGUGCCCACUGGUCCAGGUUGCUUUCCACUCUGUGCAAGGGUGGCAGGCCUUCAAGAAUGAUGCUACGGAAAUCAUCCCUGAGCUCAGUGAGCACCCUGAGCCUCCACCUGAUCUGUCGAACAGCAAUAACAAGACGAUGAACCGGGCGGAGAAUGGAGGGAGAUACCCACAUCACCCCUUGGAGCCCAAAGACGCCUCGGAUUACAGCUGCCGGGAGCUGCAUUUCACCCGCUACAUCACCGACGGGCCCUGCCGCAGCGCCAAGCCGGUCACCGAACUGGUGUGCUCGGGCCAGUGCGGGCCAGCGCACCUGCAGCCCAACGCCAUCGGGCGCAAAUGGUUGUGGCGCCAGAGCGCCGCGGACUACCGCUGCAUCCCGGACCGCUACCGCACGCAGCGCGUCCAGCUGCUGUGCCCGGGGGGCGAGGAGGCUCGGACUCACAAGAUCCGUGUCGUGAUCUCCUGCAAGUGCAAGCGCUACACCCGUUUCCACAACCAGUCCGAGCUCAAGGACUUCGGCAAGGAGGCCGCUCGGCCCCCCAAGAACAAGAAGCCCCGGCUGUCCCGGAUCCGGAGCGGCAAGGCCAAACAGCCCGAGCUGGAGAAUGCCUACUAGGGCGCCCGACACCUUGCCCCGGCUCGUUCCACCCUCCCAACGCGCCAGAGCCGAAGCCGCCCUCCAACGGCGUCGGGGGCUUUGUUUCUUUGUUUUAUUUUCUUGCCUGAAGCCCGGGUAGGCAGGGUCUGUCUCCCCAAAUCCCGAAGCCAGAACCUUCUGUCGCAGAGGCUGAGGUGGACAGGUAGACAGUCCACUGGACACCUGGGAGGGGAUCGAGCAGCGUGGAGCAGCCACGUGAAGGGGCGGGAGGACUCCUGCCAGCCUUUCUGGGAAAGGGAGUGCUGGGCCUCCAAGACACCCCCAGACCCACCAGCACUACCAUAGGAAUUUGGAGGGGAGAUUCUCUUCACUGUCCCAUCUCUUCUGCCAACUUGCUCAUACCCCAAGAAUUAAAAGAGAGGGCUUUGGAACGAAUAAAGGGUAUAUUAAGGUUGGAACUUUGCAACCUUCAGCAGUAUUUAUCAUCUACUGAUUAGAAAAGAAAGUGACCUGAGAUUAGUCCCCCUUUGGCUCCUGGUCCCAAUUCCAUUUGAAGGCCUUUUUGGUGCAAUAUCAGGUUGUCAAAAAGGAAAACUCCACCUUUAAAGAGGAAGGGGACAGAAAUUAGCCCUGUAAGACAUAGACAACUUUAAGAAUCUAAGCUAUGAGAUCAUCUCUCCCUUCUUCCAAAACCUAGAUAAGUUCACUAAUGUUCACAGAGGAUGGAGAGAAGGUCUCUUUCACAGCCUGCUUUCCAGUUCAGUUUUAAGCAAAACCUUCCCACUCCAGGGGAAUAUAGCUUGCAAAGCUUGUGAACUUUCAUUUUUAGCCACCAGUGAAUUGUCAGGGCAAGGAGAUAAGCUAACGCCCAACACUAAGAGCAGGGAAGGGGAGGAACAAAAUAUUAGGUUUUUUGGAGUAAGCCCAGAGUGAGGGGUGUUGGGGAAAACAGCUGGAGAAAUCUGUGGCCCUCUUUCCCCAAAGAACAGUUCUAUUCUGACCUAACACUUUCUUUCUUAUGGUAACUUCUGCAAAGUUCUCUUGUGACUUCACUACCCUCCCAGCCCUUUCCCUUCCCUGCCCCACUACCUGGGGUCUGUCCACAGGCCUUCUUAGCAGAGACCAGUGUUGGUUCAAUGUAAAAGAUGAGCCAGUUGAAAGGCCUGGUCCAUGCACAUGUAGUUCACUGGCACACUCAUAUCCUGAAAAUAGCUUAACACCAUGCAUACAUGUGUUGACGCUCCUUUCAUUAAAAGAUUAUUAUUGGAAAAGAAAAAUAACAAAAAAAAAUUGCAACUGCUGUACAUAUGCUGAAAAACCACAAAAUGAAAUAACUAUAGUCCAAAAAUCUUUUGACAAAACAUUUUCAAAAUUUUCUGUAUAGUUUUAAAA